UCAGCGUCCUAAAGGCGCUGAGGCGUUUGGAAGUAGCUUAUAGGGUACAUGAUGACAACACCACGCGAAAAAGAGGCAGUGAAAUACCUCGAGGAACAUAAAAUUGGCGAAAUGAUGGAUAAUUUAAUUAGUAUGCUCUUCUUUUACAGACCAGAACGACCAAGGGAAUUCCUGAUUGCCCAGCUUGAACAACUGAGAGCUUCCAAACUUUCUGCAGCUGAUAGUCCAUGCCUCUUUGAUGACUCCAAUUUGGAUGCAGUGUUUGGGAUCCUGGAUCCUGCAAAUCAAGGACACAUCUCUUAUGCUCAAUAUAAAGAGGCACUGAUGACACUUGGUAUCAAGAAUUUCAAUGAACACCAUGAGGAUCUUGGAAAUAACAGAAUCUCAAAUGAGACAUUUAAAAGAGAAGCGAAGGAGGGUCUUCUUAAAAGUGCAGCAACGUUCCAGAUGAGGGGCUCGUAGACCUAGGGAUGGAGCAGAGUUGAAACCUGAAAGGGAGGAGAAAACCUGGCACUGGACAUGGAAUGUACAUGAAGGAAAUACACACACAUCCAUACAAACAUAACAGUGUUUGUUGGCAACUCAGUGAAGUAAUAUGUGUAUAAUGAGGAAACAGGAAACUGAGGGUGUCCAAUCAGAUUAAAUCUUUCUAUGUAUCUGGCCCUUUCGACAGCAGAAGGGUAUUGAAGCUGUUUCAAUACACGCUGUCUCAGAAUUUCCCAUUCACUCCUAUUGAAACCUCAUGGAGUGUUUCCCUCCACAAGGGUCAUUGUUUUCAUUUUGAUGGUGCUCUGUCUGGCUGCACCAGUCUUACUGAAAGAGUUAGAAGCACCAUGCCAGAUAAGGGAAGAAGAGGGCUUGCUUGCUAGCUACACAGCUAGCUAGCCAGCCAUCUCUAGCUGUCUGCAAUGGGAAAUUUCCUAGAUAUCCAUAUUCAACUUUUACAUUUUGCUAGCUAUUUGGUUGGAAAUUGUUUUUACUAUUAAAAUAGCUGCACAAGUGAGCUCCAUUGUGAACUGUCUUGGUAGCUGGGAAUCUGCAUUUGUUUGUUGCUGUUAACUGAUUGUAAUAGUUCUGGCUAGAUCAACUGUUAUUACAAGUUAUAUAGAGAACUAUAUAGCUAGGUAGACAAACCAGUUGGUUAGAAACACUAAUACUUUUUAGGAGUCUUAGAGUCCUGCUUCAAGCAAACGUCAGUUUGGUUAAUUAUAUAUAUUAUAUGGACAAAAGUAUUGGGACACACCUCUUAGUCAUUGAAUUCAGGUGUUUCAUUCAGUCCCAUUGCCACAGGUGUAUAAAAUCAAGCACCUAGCUAUGCUGUGUCAUUCUAAAGAGCUCACUAAAUUUGAGCAUAAUGUAAUAGAAAACCACCUUUGCAAAAAGUCAGAUAUUUCAUGAUCAAAUGUAGGGUAUUAUUGAGUGGUAUUAUUGAAAGGUGGAAGUGUUUAGUAACCAUAGCAACUUAGCCACGAAGUGGCAGACCACAAGAAGUUACAGAAUGGGGUUGCCAAGUGCUGAGGUGCAUAUGAAAUUUUGUUAUACUCACGUAUACUGAUAAUAAACACACUCUUAUUCUAGUGUGUAAAAGUUGCCAAUGCACUGCUGACUCAGUAACUGCAGAGUUCUAAACUUCCUCUGGCAUUAACAUCAGCACAAAAACUGUGCUGGGAGCUUCAUGGCAUGGUUUCAAUAGCCUAGCAGCUGCAUGCAAGCCUUACCUAUACCUUACAUCUGCCUGACUGC